CCACUUGAAUCCGAGACAUUUGGUCUUUCUGGGUGGCACUUUGACACAUUUUUGGAGCUGUGAAGCGUGGAUGUGUGCCUUGUGCCUUUGCAGCUCCAGGGUGGUUGAUGGAGUUAUGCUUCUCCCUGUGCUGAUGGUGAUGGCGUUCCCAUCUCCCAGCUGGCAAGACGAUGAAAGGAAGCUGAAGAUGGUUCCCUACGAGUGUGUGUGCGAGGGCAUCUCCUGUGGGAAUGGGGACCGGUGCCAAGGCCAGCGCUGCUUUGCCUCCCUGAGCAUUAAUGAUGGGGCUAAGGUUUACCAGAAGGGCUGCUUCCAGGUCUAUGAGCAAAGGAAAAUGACGUGCAAAACUCCUCCAUCCCCCAACCAGGCCGUGGAGUGCUGCCAGGGACACCUGUGCAACAUGAACAUCACUGCACAGCUGCCCUCUUCCAAAGGGCACACCUUUCAAGGAGAGGCUGCAGGGUACAGCAUGGAAACACUAAUCAUCGUCAUCCUGGCUCCUGUGGUGGUGCUGAUCGUUUUUUCUGCAGUAGCAGUGCUGAUCAUUCGCAGGAUACAGAAGAACCACAUGGAGAGGCUCAAUUCCAGGGAUGCAGAGUAUGGCACAAUCGAGGGCCUGAUAGCCUCCAACGUGGGGGACAGCACGCUAGCAGAUUUGUUGGACCAUUCCUGCACGUCUGGAAGUGGCUCUGGACUUCCUUUCUUGGUGCAGAGAACGGUGGCUCGCCAGAUCACACUUGUGGAGUGUGUAGGAAAGGGCCGGUACGGAGAAGUUUGGAGGGGUCAGUGGCAAGGAGAAAAUGUUGCUGUGAAGAUCUUCUCUUCUAGGGAUGAGAAGUCCUGGUUCAGGGAAACUGAGCUGUACAACACUGUGCUGCUGAGGCACGAGAAUAUCUUGGGUUUCAUUGCCUCGGAUAUGACUUCCAGGAACUCGAGCACGCAGCUGUGGCUGAUCACCCACUACCACGAGAUGGGCUCUCUGUACGACUACCUGCAGCUGACCACGCUGGACACGGUGAGCUGCCUGCGCAUCGUGCUGUCCAUCGCCAGCGGGCUGGCGCACCUGCACAUCGAGAUCUUCGGCACGCAGGGCAAGCCCGCCAUCUCCCACCGCGACCUCAAGAGCAAGAACAUCCUGGUCAAGAAGAACGGGCAGUGCUGCAUCGCCGACCUGGGCCUUGCCGUGAUGCAUUCCCAAAGCACGAACCAGCUGGACGUGGGGAACAACCCGCGGGUGGGCACCAAGCGCUACAUGGCGCCCGAGGUGCUGGACGAGAGCAUCCAGGCCGACUGCUUCGACUCCUACAAGCGCGUGGACAUCUGGGCCUUCGGGCUGGUGCUCUGGGAGGUGGCCAGGCGCAUGGUCAGCAACGGCAUCGUGGAAGAUUACAAACCACCCUUUUAUGACUUGGUUCCCAACGACCCCAGCUUUGAAGACAUGAGGAAGGUGGUCUGUGUGGAUCAGCAGAGGCCCAACAUUCCCAACAGAUGGUUCUCAGACCCGACGCUGACGUCCCUCGCCAAGCUGAUGAAGGAGUGCUGGUACCAGAACCCCUCGGCCAGACUGACAGCCCUGCGCAUCAAAAAGACUUUGACCAAAAUUGACAAUUCCUUAGACAAACUGAAAGCUGACUGCUGACCUCUCCUCGUGGUGCUGUCCUGGCAGGAAGGCACUUGGCUGGCCCCGAGGGCUCUGGCCAGGCUCUGCCUGCCCUGGUCCCCAGGGGCUGCUGGAGCAGAGUUGGAGCAGCUGGGGGACCCCGGGCCGGGCAGGACUCACCUGGGCGAGCGCUGAGGACUCAGCUGGAUGUGCUGUGGCUGAGCUAGUGGCCUGAAGGAAGACAGAGAAAUCCUAAGACAAGAUCAGGGCAUUAAACAAUGGCUUUGAACACCUUCUUUCUUUCGUUCGUUUUUUUUUUUUUUUUUUUUUUUUUUUUCCUUUUUUCCCCCUUUUUAUUUUUUUUUUUUUAAUAUUUUAAUUCUCCUAAUCACUCCCAGGGUGAACACAUGGAAGUGGUAAAUUUUAAUCAGCAAUAUUGCCUGUGCUUCUCUUCUUUAUUGCACUAGGAAUUCUUUGCAUUCCUUACUUGCACUGUCACUGUUAAUUUUAACGACAUGACUUGCCAAAAAUAUGAUUGGCUGUAUCCUGCAUUGAUCUAUGCCUGAGUAAUAGGAAAAGAAUUCGGUAAACUGAAAAUGUAACUGUCAGACUUUAGCUGCAUUUUACAUGUGUACUGAUGUUUACAAUAAUGCUGAACAUUAGGAAUUUCUUGUUUAUCCAAAACUUGCAAAUUAUUUAUUACUAGUGCACUUGCCAGUUUUUUAAACUGUAAAAUAAGUGCAUAAAGGUAAAGCUUAUUUUUAUGUGGCCUCUUUCAUGAUUUCUUACACAGACGUUUUUGUAACACGAUAUAACCUGAAACAUAAAUUGUUUUCUGUAUUAUCAUAUUACAACUCGAUAGUCACAUUUUAAGUGCUUCACAUUUGUAGGUGUGUGGUCUGUACCAUAUUUUCAGUUGGAAUAUGGAACGUAUCUUAUAGCCAUUUCCCACAGGACCUUGUGUCUGGCAUCUUACUGAUCUGGGAAAGGAGAGCGAUGGAGGAGUUAACUAGAAUAUUAGGUCAUGAAUGCUGUGGGGAAAAUGCAUUUUAUUUCUUCUAAGCUAUAUAAUAUGCAUUUAAACUCUGCCAGAAAAAUAACUAUUUUGUUUUAAUCUACUUUUUCUAUUUAGUAGUUAUUUGUAUAAAUUAAAUAGAAUGUUUUCAAGUCCAA